UGGGAACUGCCCAGCCUAGCGGGGACUGACAGGGAGUGUGACUCCCCACUCUGUCCUGCCUGUCCUUGCUGAGGGGCUGUGACCAGCCCUCCUCACUGCUCUGGCCCUGCCUCAGUUUACCUAGGGCCUGUAGGCAGGGCCAAGGAGACUGUGUAUAGACCUCCAUGUGGUUUGGGGCAGCCACAGAAAGGAAAUGAGCGAGGUUCCUCCCUAGCAUUGCCCAGCAGUCCCGGCCCUGUGUCAUUAAGGCUGGGUUCUCAUGGCACCGAGAAGGGCCCCCCGCCAGCCUCUGGGCCUGGGUCUCCCCUCUGCUGGGGCACAAGCUGUGUGGGGCCCAGCAGCCUCUGCCCAUGCUCGGGACUCAGCAUGCCCUCCUGGUGCCUGGGGACUAGCAUACGGGGCAUUCAGCGAGUGGCGACAAGGGGCUGCCCUGGGCUGCAGUGGGACCCUGGACAUCCGCGGCCCACCCGAGGCCCUGAGGAAUUCAGCACCCUCGUCCAGGUGGACUGGGAAAUCCCUGCAGGGGCCCAGGCUCUGGGGAAAGGAGGCUUUGGGUACUGAGCGCAUCACAUCCCAUCCCAUCCGCGGGAAAGGGGGAGGGGGCUGGGCCGUGAGGGAGGAGGGAGGCGAGUGCCUCCUGUGGGCUGGCCGGGCUACCCAAGGGCAGGUUGGUGGCUGGAGACAGCUGCGCAGCCUGCUUUCUGCCUCCGUCGGGGCUUUGCACAAGUGGGGGGCUGCCCAGCUGGGGCCAUGCGCAGCAGGCAGGCACGCUGGCUGGCGGGAUGCGGGGCUGGCGGUGCCUCCGGCCCAGUGUGCUGACUGCAGAGCCGGGCGGGAGGCAGAGGAACCAAAACUGCUGUGUCAUUGCACGCUGCAGCUGUUGCCAGGGCGACCGGCUCAGCUCGCCCAUGAACCCCGUGAGCAGCAGUGAGGACAUCAAGCCCCCACUGGGGCUCAAUGGUGUCCUCAAGGUCCCCGCCCACCCCUCAGGAAACAUGGCGCCCUUCACCAAGCACAUCUGUGCCAUCUGCGGGGACCGUUCCUCAGGCAAGCACUACGGCGUGUACAGCUGUGAGGGCUGCAAGGGCUUCUUCAAGCGGACUGUGCGCAAGGACCUGACCUACACCUGCCGGGACAACAAGGACUGCCUGAUCGACAAGCGGCAGCGCAACCGCUGCCAGUACUGCCGCUACCAGAAGUGCCUGGCCAUGGGCAUGAAGCGGGAAGCCGUGCAGGAGGAGCGGCAGCGGGGCAAGGACCGCAGCGAGAGCGAGGUGGAGUCGACCAGCAGCGCCAACGAGGACAUGCCGGUGGAGAAGAUCCUGGAGGCCGAGCUGGCCGUGGAGCCCAAGACGGAGACCUACGUGGAGGCGAACAUGGGGCUGAACCCCAGUUCGCCCAACGACCCCGUCACCAACAUCUGCCAGGCCGCAGACAAGCAGCUGUUCACGCUGGUGGAGUGGGCCAAGAGGGUCCCGCACUUCUCUGAGCUGCCGCUGGACGACCAGGUCAUCCUGCUGCGGGCGGGGUGGAACGAGCUGCUCAUCGCCUCCUUCUCCCACCGGUCCAUAGCCGUGAAGGAUGGGAUCCUCCUGGCCACCGGGCUGCACGUGCACCGGAACAGUGCCCACAGCGCAGGGGUGGGCGCCAUCUUUGACAGGGUGCUGACAGAGCUAGUGUCCAAGAUGCGGGACAUGCAGAUGGACAAGACGGAGCUGGGCUGCCUGCGUGCCAUUGUCCUCUUCAACCCAGACUCUAAGGGGCUCUCGAACCCCGCCGAGGUGGAGGCGCUGAGGGAGAAGGUGUACGCGUCGCUGGAGGCCUACUGUAAACACAAGUACCCGGAGCAGCCAGGCAGGUUCGCCAAGCUGCUGCUCCGGCUGCCGGCCCUGCGCUCCAUCGGGCUCAAGUGCCUGGAGCAUCUCUUCUUCUUCAAGCUCAUCGGGGACACUCCCAUCGACACCUUCCUCAUGGAGAUGCUGGAGGCCCCGCACCAGAUGACCUAGGCUGCUGGCCGCCUGCCCGCCCGGCCCGCGCGGACCCUCGGGGCGCUGAGGGAUGCCGCCAUCCCUGACAUCUUCAUUGCCGCUUGGCUGUGGCCCAGGGCAGCAGAAGCAGCUGAGACCCGGCCAGGCCCCUGCCCACUGGCUCUUGCCCGUGCCUGGGGCUGCAGGCACUGGGAGGGGCUCAUUUGUUGCUGUUUGUCGUUGGAGGUUCUCGAAUCCCCCCUUGGCCCUGACUGGAGUGACCGUCUUUGACAGCCCUGAGAGCUCACUCGGGGACAGGGGCAGGGCCAGGUGGGUGCCGGCUGAGUCUCACUGCAGGAGGCCCCCGCAGCCCUGCUGGAGCCCAGGGGCACCCCGGGGCCACGAGCCUCCCUUUUUGAGGAAUGGAGGGUGAGCAGCCCCGCUUUCCAGAGGAAACCGGUGAGAUCUCCCCAGCCACCGAGAACACAAGCCGACCUUCUGCAGGGUUUUGGGGCCACCCGAAGGCCGCAGGGACUGGGAGCACCCUCACCCCGCCUUGGUCUUCCCUUUGCAUCAUUGUCCUGCUUGCAUCUUCCCCCUGCUGUGUGUGCCUGCUCAACCCACGGUACCCUGAGAUCACCGUGCAGCAUGCAGGCCGCGCCUGUGUGGGCUCUACUGACCCCUGUGCUGGACGGCACCAUCCCAGGGACAGCAGGGGAUUCUGACUGGGUUCCCUCGGAGGGACACAGGAGGCCUUGGGAGCCAGAGGGGCUUCUGGGAGAACAAGCCUUGAAGGCAGGGCAGGGGUGUCUUCCUUCCAUGGCCUCUGUGUCUGCUUGGGGACUCUGCAGCCUCCUGGGCCCCAGGGUGGAGUUAGUGGGUGUUGACAUCCACCCAGAGCCCUAGCUGGGCCCCGGCUCCCACGGCUCCCUUGGCCAGGUGGGCCACCGCAGACCUGAGACCCAGUGUUGAGUGGUCUGCUGAGUGGGUGGGGAAUGGAGGGACAAGGAGGUGGCACAGGGAGGGGCCCUUGAACCCCCACAAGCAGCCCUGGGCUGGGGCCUGGGGUGGCCCUGUUGGCAGGGAGGACCUGGGAGUGGGGUGGGAGGUGGCAGGUGGGAGGAGCCAGCUUCCAGGCCUCUGGAGGACGGGCGUGUCCAGCUCAGGGCAUGGCAGCACCAGGCAGAGGCUCACAGGCACUUGGUCCCACCUGCACCUAGCUCGGUGCCUUCUGCAGCCCGUUGCACCCAGGCUGUGCCUGCACCUGCCAUGUGCAGUGCCCCCAGGCUCCUGUGCACCCCUCGGGAAUGUCCAUGGCUCCAGCAGAGAAAACCUAGGGACAGAAGUCUCCUCAGUCUCUCAGAAGUUCCCUCCGUCCCUGGGCCUGGCUGGCCUACCCCCCCCCCCCCCCACCCCACCCCCCCCCCCCCCAAGCCAGAACCCCAUGCCCUGUGGCCCUUGCAGCCUUACCUGCCGCCCACUCCCUGUUGCUCUUCCCGCGGCUUCCUGUCCCCUUCUUGUUCGUGCCCUGUCACCACCAUUGUCCGUCCAGCGCUGCUGGUGUUCGAGGUGGGCCGUGGGGAGGUAGGAGGCCUCUUUAACCAGGCCUUCAGCCAUGCUGCCAGUCUGGCGCAAUUGAGGUGAUUUUUGUAAUUAUUAUUAUAUUUUGGUGGGACAGUCUUUAAUUUUCUAAAGAUAGCACUGACAUCAGCUCCUCGGCCACCCUGUGCACGUCCCUGCUGUGGCCGGGCCCAUGACCUCCCCCUUGCCGUAUCCCUUCCCACGUGGACAUUCACACCGGCUCCCGUGGCUGAGAAGCGAAGUUGGACGCAGGGCCCGGUGGCCCGCCUGGUGCCUGUCAGCAGAUGGACCCUCGUCACGCUGGAGCGCGUGGUCUCUGGGCGACGUCGCCCCGGGUGCUGUUUCCCGAGCUCUCGGUGGUCCCUGGGGAUCACAGGCUGGCAGCCUGGUGACAGUGCCGGAGAGGACACCGGGUGCCGGCCGGAACGUGGGGCCUGGUCCCUGUACACACGGGUGUGUGGUGUAAACGUGUAUGUGCAGUACAGAGACGCUGCAAGCGAGGAGCCGUGUCACAGUUACCAAUGUUUCGUGUUUAUUUUUAAUCAAGACUUUCCCUGUGUCCCUGUAAAUUUGCUUCCUGUAAGCAAGCACCAGAGGAUCCCUCCUUUGGUGAAAUCUGGGUCUGAAUGAGAAUCUUGAGGCAGGAGAUGCAUCUAUUUUAAGAUGCCUGGGAGUGGCAGCUUCGGCAGUCCCAACCCCUAGCAAUGCCUUAGCCGGGACGCUCGCUAAUGCUUUAGGGAUGUCACAUCCACAAGGAGAGAGAGAUAAGGAAAUGUCUAAAGCAUUGGGAAAGGUUAAAAAAAAUCUAUUUUUGUACAAAUGUAAUUUUAUCCCUCAUGUAUACUGGAUGAUAUGGCGGGGGGUGGGCCUAUUUUGUUUCUGCUUCUAGCUGUCCAGGCGAGACUCGGAACGUGGAGGCUCUGCAGACCCCUGCCUGUGGAUGCCUCUCGGCCGGGGCGGGGGCCGGGGCAGCCAGGGAGCCCAGGGUCGCCCUCGUGCCUUCCCAGUACUCCGUGGAACCAUGCUGUCCCCUCGCCUGCUGGCCGGCCUUCCCACAACUCUGUCUGACUGUGAAAUUCCUUCCCUCCGUAAUUGUUCUCUGCAACAUCGCAACGCAGUCGCCAGGGUUGGACGAACGAUGGCGUUAGGGUCGUGGAACAGAGACACACAGAGGAAAACAUGAGAGGGGAAACAAAAUGAGCGUUUCAAAAUCCA